AUGCAGCAGACAGACCAGCCUGGAGAAGAAUGUCAGCUUCUUCGGCGACAGACUCCCUCCUACGAUGAAGACUUCGUCAAGGGACGAGUUGAAUUCAAGUACAAGCUUGGUUGGAGAUUUGGCGAGGGCGCUGGAUGCACUCAAUCCUUAAUUGGGAACUAUGUAAACAAAGACACAUAUCCAUGGAUCUGUACAUCUGGUUGUGGAAGUUCACCCGUAACUCUGUCAUCCAAAGGAUAUGUAUGUGCAGCUGCUAGCAGAAUACAAGACUGGGAACAAGGGGAAUAUUCAUUUAGACAUACAUUUAAAUCUGAUGGAAGAUUUACCGUUAGUUACGAAAGCUGUUGCUGGAUAGCCCUUAACUAUGGGAAAGGUGACGGUAAUUGGAGUCUUCAAACAACAGUAGAUUUACGUACACGAUCUGAUUUACACGUUCCUAACAGUAGUCCAUUAGCGGCCGGAAAACCAACAUACACUAUCAAAUACGGCUGCACCCAGAAAAUCACGAUACCAAUCUUGGACCGAGAUGGCGACAGCGUUAAAUGUAGAUGGGCCUCUGGCGACGAAUGCAUGUCUGUGUGCAAACGCAUACCACAUACAGUUUUAGACGAGGGUAAAUGUACAUUGACGAUAUCUGCAAAAGGAAAGGCAAACGAUACGUAUGCAGUUGCGAUAAUGGUAGAGGACAGGCCUACAUCGUCAAUUACAUUGAAUGGACAAGUUUUUACACAGCAAGAUGUACUGUCCUCUAUACCGGUUCAGUUUUUGGUCAAUACACCUGAGAUUUCGUCAAUGUCUUGCUCAGACAGACCUGUCUUUGUAAGUCCGACACCAGCAGAAUCUGACGUGAUUGUUGUAUUUCCAGGACGGUCACUCUUUGUCAGCUUUUAUGCAGCAUCUAGAGGAACGAGUAUUACUUCAUUUCUUGUAAUUGGGCCGCCGGGUGCACAGCAGUCAACAAUACGUCAGUUGUCUUUGAGACGUGGUGUAUAUUCAACAGAUAUAGCAUGGACACCGUCAGCCGUUGACAGAGGUCCCCAGUCUUUAUGUGCCGAAGCAACUGAUGCCUAUCUAAUUAGCAGCGACAUGAGGUGUUUGACAAUAGCUGCUUGGGAUAUAAAUCCGUGUAACAGCAAGCCAUGUCAGAACAAUGGCAAAUGUUCUCGGGUUGGAUAUACUAAAGACUUUUUGUGUACUUGCCUGCCUGGGUACACAGGUCUGCAAUGUCAAAUUGAUAUCAAUGAGUGUGCGAGUAAUCCAUGCCUACACGGUGCCACGUGUUUUGAUCUCAUCAACGAAUACUUCUGUGGUUGUAUUUCUGGAUACACAAAUGUCAAUUGUCAGACAGAUAUAAAUGAAUGCGAGUUGCAAACGUGUGAGAAUGGUGGUACAUGUCAAGACAACGUUAAUACUGCAGUAUGUGACUGCGCUCCGGGGUUCACUGGGGAAAUCUGUCAAACUGGUAAUUAUGUGAAAGUUAUAUAAAGACACAGGUAAAAGCGUUUUAUUU